AUGGGCUGCUGCUGCAGCUCGGACUACGAUGACGACUGGAUCGAGAACAUCGACAUCUGCGAGCACUGCAACUACCCCAUCGAGCCCGCGGGCAAGCGGCAGGCGCUGACCCGCAACGGCUCCGAGGUGCGCGACCCGCUCGUGUCCUACGAGGCCGCGGCGCCGCCCUGCUCCCCGCUGCAAGAGAAGCUGGUGGUGGCUCUGUACAACUACGAGCCCAACCACGACGGGGACCUGGGGCUGCGGAAGGGCGAGACGCUCCGCAUCCUCAAAGAGACGGGCGAGUGGUGGAGGGCGCAGUCGCUCACCACCGGCCAGGAGGGCUUGAUCCCCUACAACUUUGUGGCCGCGGUGAACAGCCUGGAGCCGGAGCCGUGGUUCUUCAAAAACAUCAGCCGCAAGGACGCGGAGCGGCAGCUCCUGGCCUCGGGCAACACGCACGGCUCCUUCCUCAUCCGCGAGAGCGAGACAUCCAAAGGCUCCUACUCGCUGUCGGUGCGGGACUUCGACCAGAACCAGGGCGAGACGGUGAAGCACUACAAGAUCCGCAACAUGGACAACGGCGGCUACUACAUCUCGCCCCGCAUCACCUUCGGCAGCCUGCACGAGCUGGUGGAGCACUAUGCCCGCAGCGCCGACGGGCUGUGCACGCGCCUGGCGCAGCCGUGCCGCACGCAGCGGCCGCAGAAGCCCUGGUGGCAGGACGAGUGGGAGGUGCCGCGCGAGUCGCUCAAGCUGGUGGAGAAGCUGGGAGCGGGGCAGUUCGGAGAGGUCUGGAUGGGCUUCUACAACAGCCACACCAAGGUGGCCGUCAAGAGCCUGAAGCAGGGCAGCAUGUCGCCCGGGGCCUUCCUGGCCGAGGCCAACCUCAUGAAGAACCUGCAGCACCCGCGGCUCGUGCGCCUCUACGCCGUGGUCACCAAGGAGCCCAUCUACAUCAUCACCGAGUACAUGGAGAAAGGCAGCCUCGUGGACUUCCUCAAGACCCCGGAGGGAGUCAAGCUGGGCAUCACCAAGCUGCUGGACAUGGCCGCGCAGAUCGCCGAAGGGAUGGCCUUCAUCGAGGCCAAGAACUACAUCCACCGCGACCUGCGCGCCGCCAACAUCCUCGUGUCGGAGACGCUGUGCUGCAAGAUCGCCGACUUCGGGCUGGCCCGCCUCAUCGAGGACAACGAGUACACGGCUCGGGAAGGGGCAAAAUUCCCCAUCAAGUGGACGGCGCCGGAGGCCAUCAAUUACGGCACGUUCACCAUCAAGUCGGACGUGUGGUCCUUCGGCAUCCUGCUCACGGAGAUCGUCACGUACGGCCGGAUCCCGUAUCCAGGGAUGACGAACCCGGAGGUGAUCCAGAACCUGGAGCGCGGCUACCGCAUGCCGCCCCCGGAGCAGUGCCCGCCGGAGCUCUACGAACUCAUGGUGCAGUGCUGGAAGGAGCGGCCCGAGGAGCGGCCCACCUUCGAGUACAUGAAGAGCGUGCUGGAGGACUUCUUCACGGCCACCGAGGGCCAGUACCAGCAGCAGCCCUGA